AAACGAUAAACAAUCUUUCUUUAGCUAAAUCGCCAAACGCUGCCCACCAUUCAUUUAUUUUUAAUUUUUAUUCCCUGCUUUGUUUCCACAGGCGCGCGCACCGCCACAAAAGAGUCUUCCUCGCCGAUUGGGCUCAUCCAAAAUUAACAUUAGGGCUUGUUCGUUGGAGGAAAUCUCAUUCAUGGGUUGAAGAAAUGGAGUGGGACAGCAGCAAUUCGGAUCUGAGCGGUGACGAGGACGAGGGUUUCUCUCUCAACGAUGGCGGCCCACUCCCCUUUCCCGUCGGGAACCUGUUCCAAACGGCGCCGUGUGGGUUCGUGGUCACCGACGCGCUCGAGCCCGAGCACCCCAUCAUCUAUGUCAACACCGUCUUCGAGUUACUCACCGGCUACCGUGCCGACGAGGUUCUCGGUCGCAACUGCCGUUUCUUGCAAUGUAGAGGCCCAUUUGCAAAAAGAAGACAUCCCUUAGUGGACUCCACAGUAGUUUCAGAUAUGAGAAGAUGUCUUGAGGAGGGAAUUGAAUUCCAAGGCGAGUUGUUGAACUUUAGGAAAGAUGGAACUCCACUGAUGAACAGGUUACGGCUGACGCCUAUAUAUGGAGAUGAUGAAACAAUAAGUCACUUUAUUGGAAUACAGUUCUUUACUGAAGCAAAUAUUGACCUGGGUCCGUUUCCUGGUUCGUUGAUCAAGGAAUCUACCAAAUUUUCUGAUCAGUUUCGUUCUGGGCUUUCAACCAUUCGGCCUGUCACCUUGGGGGACCGGAAUGUUUGUCGCGGUAUUUGUGGGAUAUUGCAAUUGAGUGAUGAGGUGCUGUCUCUCAAGAUACUUUCACGUUUAACACCUAGAGACAUUGCAUCAGUUGGCUCCGUCAGUCGGCGACUGUAUGAGCUGACGAAGAAUGAGGACCUUUGGAGAAUGGUCUGCCAAAAUGCAUGGGGUAGUGAAACAACUCGUGUUUUAGAGACUGUAUCAGGUGCAAAGAGAUUAGGGUGGGGUCGGCUGGCAAGGGAGUUGACCACUCUUGAAGCAGCGGCAUGGAGGAAACUGACUGUUGGAGGUGCUGUUGAACCUUCACGCUGCAACUUCAGUGCUUGUGCAGUCGGGAAUCGGGUUGUCCUUUUUGGUGGGGAAGGAGUCAACAUGCAACCCAUGAAUGACACCUUUGUAUUGGAUCUAAAUUCCAGUAACCCAGAAUGGCUACACGUUCAAGUGAGCUCCCCUCCUCCUGGUCGUUGGGGUCAUACGCUUUCUUGUGUAAAUGGAUCUCGCUUGGUGGUAUUUGGAGGCUGUGGAACGCAGGGUUUGCUCAAUGAUGUCUUUGUGCUGGAUUUGGAUGCCAAGCCUCCAACUUGGCGUGAAAUAUCUGGAUUGGCCCCUCCGCUUCCAAGAUCAUGGCACAGCUCCUGCACCCUAGAUGGGACCAAGUUGAUUGUUUCUGGUGGCUGCGCAGAUUCUGGAGUACUCCUCAGCGACACUUUUCUGCUUGAUCUCUCAAUGGAGAAACCUGUCUGGAGAGAGAUACCAGUAGCCUGGACCCCACCUUCUCGUUUAGGUCACACACUAUCUGUGUAUGGUGGCCGGAAAAUAUUGAUGUUCGGGGGUCUGGCCAAGAGCGGGCCCCUUCGUUUUCGUUCCAGCGAUGUUUUCACGAUGGAUUUAAGUGAGGAGGAACCAUGUUGGAGAUGUGUAACUGGGAGUGGAAUGCCUGGUGCUGGAAAUCCAGGGGGCAUAGCUCCUCCACCUAGGCUUGAUCAUGUGGCUGUGAGCCUCCCAGGUGGGCGAAUCCUGAUCUUUGGUGGGUCUGUAGCCGGUCUUCACUCUGCCUCACAGCUUUAUAUCCUGGACCCAACAGAUGAGAAGCCUACUUGGAGGAUAUUAAAUGUGCCUGGGCGACCCCCGAGAUUUGCUUGGGGUCAUAGUACUUGUGUUGUUGGGGGAACGAGGGCUAUUGUUCUUGGUGGUCAAACUGGAGAGGAGUGGAUGCUAAGUGAGAUCCAUGAGCUGUCGCUGGGAAGUACUGUUAUCUGAUUUAUAGGAUAUAGAAUAAAAAGCUGCAGCCAAGGGGGUCUCUAGGAGCCUUCAAAUGCAAGAUGUGAGAUCAUUCCAGGAAUGAGUGGAGAAUCUUCCUUUUGUCACUAAUAUCUCUUGACAAAAAUGUUAUUCUAGUCAGGACUUGUACUAGGUGUGGUUGCUCAUGAUCCAUUAUAUUGUAUGGGGUUGUUCUGGCUCGUGAUAAACUUUUAAUUGAGUUUCGAUGAGUGACUUGAGACUUGUCUGUGUUUGUGAGGUUUGUGCGAGACUUGCCCUGCAGCAGUACGUACAAUGGAUUUAUUCUUCCCUGUUAGGUUCGUAGUAUUUGACAGACAGGUAGGUUUUUAUAUAUAUGUAGAGGUUUUUUAGUUUCUUA